AUGACCCAACUUAAAGAGACUCCGGAGAACGCGAAGGCCCCUCCCUCUACGUCCACGCCCGCGGCGGACAGCGGCUCCCCAAGUGGCGCGCCUCUUACUGCUGGGGCUACGGCUGAGCCCAAGGGACUGUGCGCCGCCCUCGCUUCCGAAAGCGGGGAGGAGGCUGCGCUCAUCGAGCAGAUUGGUGGCUUGACGGUCACGCGGACCUCGAGAACGGUCCCUGGUGAUAGGACGUGGAGCUACCGGCUCCAAGAAGACAUCCUCGGAAUCGGGUCCGCUGCCAAGCACGACAAGGGUGGGGACAAGCAGGAUCGCGUCGGUUACGAAGAUGACAAGUUUUUCCCCGCUCAGUCUUGGUGA